AUGGUGCUCUUGCGACCUCUCGCCCUCUUCACGUUUGCCGCCUCCCUGGCUUCCGUCGCCUCGGCAAAGGCUGCCUUUGGUGAAGCAUGCGACCAGGCCAACAACCACCUCGACUCGGACACCUGGACCUUUACGUCCGACUGUGACCAGACCACCUACUGUGACGCCAACGCCACUUGCGCGCACCGCGGAUGCCGUCGAGACACUUACCCCGUCGGUUACUCGGACGUUGCGUUCGCCGACCUCCCACCUCUGUGCGGCGAGGGCCUGUUCUGCCCCGAUGAAAUGGACCACUGUCUCUCCCAGAACCAGAUCGGAGGACCAUGCCAGAAGGACCGUGAUGACCAGUGUGCUCCCAGUUCCAACUAUAAGGACUACGCUUCUUACCUCAACGUCAACGGUUCCAUCUGUCUCAGCUUCACCUGCUACUGGGCCAAUGUUACCGCUGGCCAGCCUUGCAUUGUCGACAACACUUACUACGAGGGCACGUCGGACAGCAACGUUACUUUUGCCUACAUGGUUUCGCGUGACAACUGUAACUCGCAAUACUUCUACUGCGACGGUACCGAGCUCGUCUGCAUGUCCAAGAAGCACCGUGGCGAUGCGUGCAGUGCCGACAAGGAGUGCUUCUCGUUCAACUGCCAGGAGAACGGCACCUGCGGCAAGGCAGCUGACGAGCCUCUCAAGCCCAAGGCAUGGGAGUAUGUUGUUAUCGGUCUCGCCAUUGUCAUCCUAAUCGUCGGCGUCAUGGUUGGCCUCUGGUUCCUCCACCGUCGCUGGCGUGAGGAAAACCAGGUCAAGCUCGAGCAGUACUACAACGAGCAGAUUGCAUACCGCCAGAGUAUCAUGUCCAUGUCGCACGCCAAGAACUCGCUCCUGUCCCUCCCGCAGGGCACGUCGCCCGACCUCGCGCGUGCUUCGCUCUACACGGACGAGAGCGGCAACGGCAACCACGCCGGUCCCUCGCAGGGCUUCUCCACUGCCCGCUCGGAUGCCCUCCUCCCGCCCAACAUGCGUCGCGAGGGCUCCAACUCGUUCACCGACGACUCCGAGGUCCUCCUCAUGAACCAGCACAACGCCCCCGCCGCGGGCCCCGGUGCUCGCUUCCGCGGCAACUAA